UUUAGAUUUACUGUUUCAGAGAAACUGUUACCAUUAGGAAGAAAUUUAUAAUAGAUUUUUAAUAAUGGCAAAUCAAUUAACUGCGAUUUUCCUAUUGGCUUCUAUUAUAAAUUUAGGUUCAACAUUAGAAUGUUAUAAAUGUAGAUCAGAUGUAACACCAAAUUGUGCAAUUAAUCCAAGAAAAGAUAUGGAAAUACGAGAUUGUUUGGAUACAGAUCAAUGUGUAGUAGCAAUUGUAAAUGGCAUAACACAUCGCAAUUGUUUUUCAACAUUAUUUCCAAAUAAAUAUUGUCCAGAGAAAUUAUGUAAAACAUGUAAAACAUCACUUUGUAAUGAAGAAAUUUUUCCAAAUGAUCGUCUUCUAUGUUAUCAAUGUUCUGGUGGUGAAGAAUGUUUAAAUGUUGAAAAAAAUAAUUUAAAACCAUUAGCAUGUUUAGAAUAUAUGGAAAAAGAUCGCUGUUAUACAAAUGUUAAUAGUAAAACAAAUAUUGAACGUGGUUGUGUUUCGAAAAAUUCUGAAAAAUGUACAAAUAUUUGUUUAAAAUGUAAUUAUAGUGGUUGUAAUAAUGAAAAAGAUUUUUAAAAAUAAAUUGUUUAUAUAUAAUUGU